AUGCCGUCAAUGGAUGAUAGAACUCCUUUAGUUGGGGAAAACCAAACUAGAUCUUUAGCGAAUACCAAAGCCUCCGUGCUGCGUGUUUUCGUGAAGACUCUCAAGUCUUCACCAGUCAAUUACCUUUUAGUGUUUGUUCCAUUGGGGAUCUUAGCUGAGUAUUUAAAAUGGUCCGCUAAUGCAGUUUUCUGGUUGAACUUUUUUGCUAUUGUGCCUUUGGCUUCGUUAUUAGCGUUCGCUACAGAAGAAUUAUCCGAGAAUGUUGGCCAGACUAUUGGAGGGUUAUUGAAUGCUACUUUUGGUAAUGCUGUGGAAUUGAUUGUUUCUAUCAUUGCAUUGAAGGAAAAUCAAGUCAGAAUUGUUCAGGCAAGUAUGUUGGGUUCCAUUUUGUCGAAUUUGUUAUUAGUUUUAGGGUGCUGUUUUAUUGCAGGAGGGAUCACAAGAGUGCAACAGACAUUCAAUCAGACAGUUGCCCAGACCAUGUCAUCCUUGAUGGCAUUGGCUACUGCAGGUUUAUUGAUUCCAGCUGCUUUCCAUGCUACAUUACCACCCCCAAAGGGCAAACAUGGGUUCCCAGAACCAGGGUCGUCCGACACGUUAAUCCUUUCGUUGUCUAGAGGUGUUUCGGUUAUCUUAUUGAUUGUCUACAUCUUAUAUUUGUUAUUCCAAUUGAAGACCCACAAGUCUUUAUUCGAGGAGCAAGCACAGGAAGCUGACGAUGGUAUCAUCACCACCAGCUUACCUCCAGAUGAAAAUGAUGCCAAGCCAGAAGAGCAAAAGUUAUCAGUUUUCAGCUCUGUGGUAGUAUUGUGUAUCGCAACCCUUUUGGUCUCAUUCUGUGCUGAUUACUUGGUGGGCUCCAUUGAUGAUAUUGUCGAGUCGUCCGGAUUAUCAAAGACCUUCAUUGGUUUGAUCAUCAUCCCAAUCGUCGGUAAUGCAGCUGAGCACGUCACGGCGAUCAUUGUUGCCAUGAAGGACAAGAUGGACUUGGCCAUUGGUGUCGCUGUUGGUUCCUCGUUACAAAUCGCCAUCUUUGUCACCCCCUUCAUGGUUUUGGUCGGAUGGGUGAUCGAUGUCCCCAUGUCGUUGUACUUCAGCACUUUCGAAACCGCUAUUUUGUUCGUUUCUGUAUUUAUUACCAAUUUGGUCAUCUUAGAUGGUGAACUGAACUGGCUAGAAGGUGCAAUGUUGCUCAGUACAUACCUUAUUGUGGCCCUUGCAUUCUUCUACUACCCAGACAAUGUCAUUAAUUAA